AUGGUGAAGGGCCAGACCAGCGUGGAGGGCGGAGGGAAGCUGGGGCCCGGCGGGCUCCUGGAGGGAGAGGCAGGGGGCGGAGGGAAGGAGUGCCCGUCGGAGGCCACGCAGGAGACGCUGCUGGAGCUGCUCAAGCUGAAGGCGCCGAAGGCGGACGCGGCGCAGCAGGAUGCAGCAGAAGCGCAGGAAGGGGCGCCCCGCGGUGCAGCGGUGACCCCCGUUGUUGUGGCUGUCGUGGGGACGCCCUGCGAGCCGCUCCUGCCGGGGGAGGACCUGCGCGCCUACGCCUACGAGGGGGACGGCUCCUCCGCCGGCUCGCUCUCCUCCACCAUAUCAGGCUUGCGCAAGGAGGUGACCAUCGAGGGCGAGGAUGAGGUGGAGCCUCUCGUGCCGGAGAUCCUAGAGGUGCUUGACCUGCUGAAGAACCUCCCCGACGCACCCAAGACGCCCCGGGAGCCCCUCAAGACGGUGCCGCACACUCCCAAGACACCGAGGGAACAUCGCAGGACUUCCUCGGGCAGUUCGGGGACUAAGAGGGAAGGACACAAGAAGCUUCCAGAUACUCCAAGGACACCACGAAGUAUCCUGAAAUCCUUGAUAGAAACGUCGAGAACUCCGGGGCCGCCAACUCAAGGCGGCGACGGGACGGCGGCGAAGGAAGGGAACAAAGAAGACGGAGAGAGGAGUAAGAAAAUCGGACAGGGAGUGGAGAGUCGCCUGGCAGGAGCGUCGGGGAAAGACAGAGUGAGCGCACACAAAGCGCCCGGCGGAGCCCUCGGGGGCCUCCCGGUCGAGAUGUCUUCCGUGGGCGACGUCCCCUCUCAGAAGGCGAAGUCGACGCCCACCACGAGGAGGCACUCCGAGAGCAGACGCUCCGGCGGCGGGAAGCGCUCUGGGAGUAUCUCCAGCAGCGUCAGCAACACCUCCUUGUAUGGCUACGAGGAGCUGUCAACGCCCUGCUGAUGACGUCACGAAGAGACAUGGCAAAGUCGCGCCGCCUUCAAGGGACCACAGCGGAAACGCCUGCGGACGCCUUCUCCCUGUCCGGGGAAGGGUCGCUGACGCCAGGGGAGCCACAGGGAUUUUCCGACUUUCCUCGCCGGAGCCUCGGGGUUCCGCCAACACUAGAGCAGCACCGCGAGCACAUCGUUCUCUGUUCAGGAGGGACUGAGUGCCACAGGCGCCAAGGGACUCUCUGACGCCGAAAUCAUCUUCGUGAGCAGAUGCGACGCCCUUUGUGUCGUGAUGGCAAAAUGGAAAUUGAAUUUGCAUCCGUUAGUGGAUAUAUAUUGGAAUGCCAUUUUGGAAUGUUGGGGGGCGGUAACCAUGACAGGUGACGGACGCUGAAGCUGCUGUGAUGUGCCAUUUAUUACGUAUGUUUCAGCCAAUGACAGUGAUGCGGGCAGUGAAUGUGGGAGCAAGAAUUUACUGACAGGUUUGUCACUUUUGUCUCGGAUGACCUCACUGUCACUAUAUUGUCGCUGUUUAAUUGUGUUUCGCCUAAUGAUAGUGUUGUGAUGGAGUCACUUGUAACACUGAAACAUGAACACGGAUUCCAAUAAUCAUGUACAUACA